AUGGCGGACGCGUCUGCGUCUUCCGCCGCACUUAGGGAGACGAUCCGACGCGUUCGCGAGCGCGGCGUUGGAGUCCCCCCUGUCCUCGCGACGUUUCUGCUCCGCGCGCACGUCCUCGUCGGGUACGACGUCAUGGACGAGAACGAAGAAGUGAGCGAGGAACUCGUCGAGCGUUCCGUCGCCGCGCUGCUCGCGACGACGUCACCGUCGUACGCGACGCUGUCGAUGCAGGCGAACGUUGAAGAGACGCGCGUGAACGCGAUGCGCGAGAUGGCGAGGAAGAUUUCGACGCGUGAUUCCCGCGCGGCGUCGAUGGCGCGCGCGAUCGCGCGCGCAGACGUCGAAGACCCGACCGACGAUGAUGCCCGAGUGGACGAUAUACACGACGCCGUUUUCAGGUACGUUUGCGUCGCCGGCGGACGCGAUGCGACGGAAUGUGACGAAGAUGAACGCGAGAUGAUCAAACGCGCGCUCGAGUCUGCGUUCCCGAGAGCGUCCACGCGUUUGUUCUUCUUUGGCGGAAACGAAGACGUGGCUGUUGCCGCGAGAUUAAAAUCGUUGAAAGAACUCAGUGCCGUAGUCCUGGGCAUAUGCGUCUUCAACCGCGCGAUUCCCGAGCUCGCCGAGGUCGAAACUGGCGGUCUGCGUAGCACGAUGGCAGAUAUCGUGCCUCAAUACAUCGCGAAGACGACGACGAUCGAGGUGGCAUUACGAGCAAAGCUCGCGUCUGCAGAGCGUCUGACACGGCAGUACGGUGUGGUCAUUGCGCACAACGCGGUGACGCUAACGCCAGAAGACGCUUUAAUGAUAUCGCUAAAAGAUGAACACAACAAUCGCGCACAGUACUGCAGGUAUUUACGCGCGGCGUUAGAUGCGCUUGUAAUGGGCGUCGCUUCCGUGGAGGAACUUGCGCGCUUGCAAUCGAGGGCAGUUGACGAACUGCGUUCGCUCUUAUAUGGUGGCGGCGAGUACAGAGGUGAAUCCCUAGACACUCGUGCGGGGGUUCCGAUAUCGACCGCAUACCCACUUCUCGACUCGAUCGGGUGUGCGCAGCUCGCACUCGCGAACGAGGACAACGCCUUGCGAGCGCAAAUGGACGUGAUCGCCGCGAUCGAUAAGCACUCCAAACCAACGUUUACAAAGUCGAUCACGAGUGACCUUUUACGCGAAGCGUCGCAUUUGGCGACACGUGCCCGCGAGGCGCAGAUGCGCAUGGCGCCACCGCUGCUCGACGCAAACAUCGGCCCUCCAUCGAUGAAGACAGGUCCAGCGGAAGCAGCUGCGAAACGUGCUGGAUGUGAAAUCGAAAUUGGAGGUAGAGUUGCGUCUGAGGGUUUAGACCUCAAUGGGUACGACGUAUUUGCGCUCGUGAAACGAAACGGUUUACUUCUCCCAGCGGGCGCCUCCAGUGACGGAGCGGUCGUACACUGGAUGGGUAAAUCUUUCGGGUUUGUGAACGUUGAAGACGCGAGGCAGUUUGCCGCGCAGCCGAGCGCGUUUCUGAAGCGCUGUGAGGACGUCUUAAAAGGAUCUCCUGAACUUGUACACAUCACACAUGCGGCCGCCGGUUUCGGGAAGAUUUUCGCAAGUUUAGACAUACCGACGAUUGUCAACGCGACGCGUGCGACGAGUGACCCCGAAUACGACCGCAGUGACCCAGACCUCAUGUCCAUGCGUGGGUUUCAGUCGUGCGAAUUUGCGACUCAAACGUCAGCCCACGCGUAUGAGAGCAACAUCGAUCAAAAUUACGAGUGGAAUGAAUGGGCGCUUCGACGGAAAGUUCUACACGCUGCGAACUUACGAAGGAAGACGACGAAAAGCGCACAAACGUCACUGUCGCACUUUCGCCGAGAAAAUGCUACUCAGGUCUGGCGUCCGAAAGAAACACAGGUGCAAACUGCGGUCGCGAAGGCGACAGCAAUGCCUCAAAAGAAACGGUUCACACGCGGCAUUCGUGGUGCCCCAGACAUGAAAAUGAACAUUAUCGAGUUCGAUCUCGACCUCGGUCAACCGCAUGAGCGUUAG